AUGGAGGAGUUCACAGGCACGGCUAGAUCGCAAUCUAAGGGGAAUGUAUUCCACAACUAUCUUGAUCGUAAUCUUCCUACUAUAUUGGUGUAUUACAAUGGUGCUGUGAAGGCAACUCGUGUGGGGAUACAGAUUUUGGUCGUUGGUGCACCCCUGAAAAUACUGAGUCAUCUUGUCUUGCACAAUCACGUUGUACUCAAUGAUGGGCAAGGCGGAGAGCAAUCCAAAGAGAGGCCGUACUUGCUGGAGUCAGGAAGAAGUUUGUGGAGAGGGCUGCGAGGGACCAUAAAGAUGAUGAUGAUGACGGAUCUUCGAGUGACUGAUAAUCAUCUUGUAUCUGAUAGAGUGAUAUAUUUUGCUGAAUAUGUGCCUGAAAUUAAAGAAUAUUGGUUAGAAAAAUUGAAGAAUAUAAAAGAGUAG